GGACAAUCAGGGAGUGCGACACAGGAAAGUGGAGCAGCGGUAAAGUGCAGUAAACCGCAGAAGCUCAGCUUGAGUAUUUCGCUUCAGAGAACCAGAGAGCACACAGACACAGCUGCCAUGAGUCGCAGCCCGGAGAGGAUCUCAUCCUACCGCCGUCACUUUGAGGACAGCAGCAGCUCCACCUACCAGGUCAGGGUGUCCAGCCCUUCUCCCACCAGGAGAGACGACCGCCAUGCCUCCAGCGGCUACUCCUCCAGAGCGGGCAGCAUGCGCGUGGACUCAGUGGGACGAAGGACCGUCUCUGCUGCACGCAGGUCUACACGCACGGUCGGAGCACGUGUGAGUGCAGGAGCCAUGGUGUGCGUUGGGCCUAGUGGAGAGCCUGCCAUAGACCUGGAUGUGGCUGCAGCUGAGAACCAGGAAUUCCUCAACACUCGCACAAGCGAAAGGCAGGAGAUGAUUGUCCUCAAUGACAGACUGGCUGUGUACAUUAACAAGGUUCGAUCACUUGAGCAGCAAAACAAGUUACUGGAAGCAGAGAUUGAGGCCUACCAGAACCGGUUUGAGAAGCCGACAGGUCUGCGCCUGCUAUAUGAGGAACAGCUGAAGGAGCUGAACAAGAUAGCUGAUCAGAUGAGAGUUCAGCGGGACAUUUCCUUGGCUGCUAAGGAGUCCACAGCUGCUCAACUAGAGGCAAUAAAAAUCAAAUAUGAGGAAGCAGUGGAGCUGAGGAAGAAGGCUGAGUUAGACAUUGAAGCCUUCCGUCCAGAUGUGGACAAAGCCACCUCCUCUCGCAUCGCCCUGGAGAAGAAGCUGGAGCAGCUGGAAGUUGAAAUUGAAUUCUUAAAACGGAUCCAUCAGCAGGAAAUCGAUGAACUCAUGAAACAGAUCUAUGCAGCUCAUGUCUCAGCUCAGAGUGCAUUCACGCUGCCUGAUCUGGCUGCUGCUUUGAAGCAAAUCCAAUCCCAGUAUGAUGACAUUGCGGCCAAAAAUCUCCAGGAAAUGGAUUCAUGGUAUAAAAACAAGUUUGAAGAUCUAACCCAAAAAACCUCAAGGCAUGUUGAUAAAGUUCGAGGGUUUAGAGAAGAAAUAGCAGGUGCCAAAAAGGAUAUCCAAGGCAAAGAACGAGAUUUGGAUUCCAUGAGGAGCAAGAAUGAAGCUCUUGAAGCCCAGAUUAGAGAGAUGCAAGAAAAGUACAGGAAGGAACUGGAAGACCUGCAGGCUCGGAUUGAAGCCCUGCAGCUUGAACUGAAAUCCACCAAGGAGAAAAUUGCGCUGCACCUGCGCGAGUACCAGGACCUUCUGAAUAUCAAGAUGGCUCUGGAGAUUGAGAUCACAACCUACAGGAAAUUGAUUGAAGGAGAGGACCUGCGGCUCUCAGGCAUGAUGCAAACCCUGUCUCUCGCCAGCUGUAGCAUGAACGCCAUUCGUGCUGGGAUGAGCGUCAGUGGAGGCGGCAUGGGCGGUGUGAGUGGUGUGGGUGGCGGACUGACAGGAGGUAGCAGUGGAGGUGUUGGAGGUGUGGGGAGUGGAGUAGGAAUGGUGGCAGGAGGCAUGGGAGCAGGUCAGACAGGUCUAGGUGGAAGAAUGGGUGCUGAAGGUAUCAGUGGCAGAAAGGGUCCGGCAGGUGGGGCAGACGCAACUGGUGAUGUUGGAUUAGGAGCUGGGGGUGUAGGUGUCGGCGCUAGUGUUGGGGGUGUGGGCACUGGUGCCGGAGGUUUGGGUACUGGUCCUGGAGGUUUGGGUACUGGUCCUGGAGGUUCAGGCAUUGGUCCUGGAGGUUUGGGUACUGGUGUUAGGGGUUUGGGUACUGGUCUUGGAGGUUUGGGUACUGGUCCUGGAGGUUUGGGUACUGGUGCUGGAGGUUCAGGCAUUGGUCUUGGAGGUUUUGGUGCUGGUCCUGGAGGUUUGGGUACUGGUGCUGGAGGUUCAGGCAUUGGUCUUGGAGGUUUCGGUACUGGUCCUGGAGGUUUGGGUACUGGUGCUGGAGGUUUGGGUACUGGUGCUGGGGGUUUGGGUACUGGUGCUGGGGGUUUGGGUACUGGUGCUGGAGGUUUGGGUACUGGUGCUGGGGGUUUGGGCACUGGUCCUGGAGCUAAGGGUGACAGUAGUGUUGGUGGGGUCAGAAUGGGUGCAGGUAGUGACAUUGCAGAUUCAGGUGGUGUUGGUGGCGCUGGGUUUAGUGAAGAAAAUGGUGUUAUAGGUAAAGGGAUAUGUGAUGGAGUUGGUGGAGGAAUAAGUGGAGAUGGAAGUAAAGUCCGUGGAAUGGGUCCUGCUGGAGUGGGUGGUGGAAUCGGAGACAGCAGAAGAACUGAAGGUAUGGGUGGAGACGAUAUAGGUGUUGCGCCGUCAGGCCCAGGUGGAAUAGGAAAGAUUGGAGGAGGAAUGGGUGACGUGAGUGGUGCCAGGAUUGGAUAUGGAUCAGAUGGAUAUGAUGGCAACAUUGAGGCCUAUGCAGAGCAGGCUGUGGAGCUGACAGAGCGAAGGACAGUGCUCAUUAGGACAGUGAAAAGUGAGGACGAUGUGCUGGAGAUGGACCAUCAGGAACAGACCUACACCAUCACUGGUGCAGCCGAUGAAUCUGACAACGAAUGAGCAACAGAAAUUCCUGAGUGACCUCCUCUCGCCCUUAAACCUCCACGCCCCUCUGAGCUUUGAACUGACCAAACCCCAUGUCUGGGCACUGACCUUUGCCCUUUGCCCUGGACAAGAAGACCAUGAAUGACCCUUUGCUAUAGUGAAACCUUCAGAUGAUAGGGUUUAAAGAUGCCUUACUAGGAACGCUCAACAUGUUCUCUAAACUUUUGUGUGCCUUACACUCCCUCCCCUUUUUUCUACUUGUUGCAAAUAAAGCUAUCAGCAUUCAA